AUGGCUACUGACAACGCAGCUCACAUUAAUGGAAAUUAUGCUCAACAACCUGUGCCAUAUAAUACCGACCCUUACCAUGCAGCCAAUAUGCCUGCGCCUCACCAACCGGGCAAUGCGUCUACUCCGGCUCCCCCUCCCCAUGACCCCAAAGAUAUUCCAAAGGAGGAAGUUGCAUGGUUCUUCGUUGAGCUGUACUACAACACCAUGAGCCGCUCCCCAGAUAAACUUCACCUUUUCUAUUCUCGUAAAUCCCAGUUUGUUGCUGGUAAUGAGGCAGAGACUGUUGGCGUAUCUGUUGGUCAAAAUGCCAUCCGGGAACGCCUUGGGCUCUUAAAUUACCAAGAUACCAAAGUUAGGGUCUUGAAUGUUGAUUCCCAAUCCUCGUUCGAUAACAUCGUGGUCUGUGUCAUUGGCGAACUGUCCAACAAAAACGAACCUGCUCGCAAGUUUGUUCAGACCUUCGUCUUAGCUGAGCAACGGAAUGGAUAUUACGUCUUGAACGAUGUGAUUCGAUUUCUUGUUGAUGACGAUGAGGAGGAGGAGGAGGAGAUCGCUGAUGAGCAAACUGCUCAGGAGACCGUUGUGGCGGAUACUCAAGUCGAGCCGGCUAAGGAGGAUGCUCCUCCCCCUAAAAUUGAGAGCCAAAGCAAGGAUGUUGAAGCUAAAGCUCCAGAGGCCGAAGACCCAGCUCUUCUGCCUCUAGGCCUCGAGCCUAAAACAAUCUCAGCACCAGUUCAGGUCGCUGCUACUCCUCAGACUGUUCCUGUUAGUGUGGAUGCGUUGCAGAAAGAAACUCCGAAGGAGCCUGAGCCUACUCCAGUCGCGUCAUCACCGAAACCUGUAACUCCCGCUGUUGAAAAGGAGAACGUUCCACCUGCAAAACCUACUUCAAUGACUUGGGCUUCUAUCGCUUCUUCGAACACCAGCAAGUCUGCUGCUACUGCCGCCGCCACUGCCGCCGCUGUGGUUCCUGUCGCCACUCUCGUUGCUGUGCCUAAUCCUGCGCCAGCUCCGCAACCCAAAGCCGCGCCGGCUCCCGCUGAACCAGCGCCUACUACAAAUGGCGAGACAGCACCAAGCCAGACAUCUUCCAGCUCUGGAUCUGAGUGGCAGACUGCUGGUAGAGGCCGCGAUGAUAACACGCUAGGAUAUAUCAAAAGCGUCAAUGACAAGGUAGAUGCCGCUCAUCUCAAACAGACUCUUCAACGCUUUGGAAAACUUAAGUAUUUUGAUGUAAACCGUCAUCGGGGCUGCGCCUUCAUUGAAUUCGCCGAUGCCGCAGGUUACAAAGCUGCGGUUGCUGCAAACCCCCACCAAAUCGGUACUGAACGUAUCGUAGUUGAGGAACGACGACGGACUAAUAAUUACAGUGGAAAUACUCCGUUUGGCGCUGGUAGAGGAGGCGCCACGCGUGGCCGUGGCGAUCGUACCGCUAACCAAGGUCGUGGCGGAUUUCAAAAAGACUCUGGACGCUAUACUCCUCGAGGUGGCCGCGGCGGUACAAUGACUCCCAAGGGCCGUCCCCAAUCUCAGGCUGCCUAA